ACUUAGCAUAGAAUGAAUGCUUUCUUCCGCUCACGUAUUCUACGGACAGUUUCCAACGUAAUUGUCUACGGCAGUGCCUAUUCGGCAGGUCAAUCUGCGGUAAGAGCUUUUCAGCCAUUGUUCACCGUUACUCAAGGGUACUGCUAUUUCAACAUGAAGCCCAGAGUUUACGUCACCAGGAACGAUUAUGCCCGAAUCGGGAUAGAUCUGCUGAAAGAGGAAUGUGAUCUAUCGAUAUGGGACGAAGGAUAUCCUGUUCCGCGGGACGAGUUCUUGAAAAAUGUUGCUGGCAAGGACGCCAUUUUUUGUUCGCUGAAUGACCGAAUAGAUAAAGAAAUACUAGACCAAGCUGGACCAAGUCUUAAAGUUGUAGCUACCAUCUCCGUUGGCUUUGAUCACAUCGACAUAAAGGAAUGUCGCGACCGUGGUAUACUUGUAGGAUACACUCCAGAUGUGUUGACGGAUUCAACGGCAGAACUUACAGUAGCCCUGUUGUUGGCAACUUGCAGACGAAUAUUAGAGGCUAACAAAGAAGUUCACAAUGGUGGUUGGAAAAGCUGGUCACCAAUGUGGAUGUGCGGUUAUAGCAUAAAAAACGCGACAAUCGGCAUAGUUGGUUUUGGAAGAAUUGGUCAAGAAGUUACGAAGCGAAUAAUCCCCUUCAAACCAUCACGAAUUCAGUUCACUAGUAGAUCGGAUAAAUGCUUGACGGCUGAUGACUUGAACGUAAGUCAAGUUCCCUUUGAUGAACUUGUCGAGACAAGUGAUGUUGUAAUAAUUACAUGCUCGUAUAAUGCGACAACCGCUAAUCUGUUCAACGAUUCGGUUUUUUCAAGAAUGAAACCUUCUGCCAUCCUAAUAAAUACUAGUCGUGGUGGAAUAGUCGAACAGCACGAUUUAAUUCACGCAUUAAAAGCGGGAAAAAUUAGAGCUGCUGGAUUGGAUGUGACUACUCCAGAACCGUUGCCGUUGGACAGCCCAUUACUUCAGUUGAGUAACGUUGUUGUUCUUCCUCAUAUAGGAAGCGCUGAUGUAGAAACUCGCACGGAAAUGUCUCGUAUAACUGCGUGUAACAUUCUCGCAGGGUUAAAGGGUGUUAAAAUGAUUUCGGAAGUUUAGUUUGUAGACUAUCGAAUAAUAUUGUAUAAAUUA